ACAAGAUGCGGGUUCUAGCAUGAAACCUUACCAUUAGUUUGAGAGCCCGUUGAAUAGCUAAACCUCACUCUCAGGUUAGAAAUAUCUCCUCAUUCUAUUCUAUCAACAGAUUUUCCACUUUUACCAAUUUCAGACUUCCCAAUAUUUCUUCUGUUCUUCUGUUCCUGUCCAUGGCCAACUUCUCUCCGUUCUUCUGUUUUGUUUUUGCUGCAUUUGCUCUCAUCAAUAUUUCUUCUGCACAUGGUGUCAAGGUUUACGAAAUUAAGAAAGGAAAUUUCUCUGUAAAGCUUACUAAUUGGGGUGCAACCAUACUCUCCGUUGUUGUUCCUGACAAAAAUGGUAAAUUGGAUGAUAUUGUUCUGGGUUAUGACACCCUUGAAGCAUAUAAGAACGAUACAUCCUACUUUGGAGCGAUAGUAGGACGGGUGGCUAACAGAAUUGGAAGAGCUCAAUUUACUUUAAACGGAACCACCUACAAAUUGGUGGCUAACGAAGGGAAGAACACGCUUCAUGGUGGAGUAAGGGGUUUCAGCGACGUGCUGUGGAAAGUGAUAAGAUAUGUACCAGAAGGUCAUUCUCCUCACGUCACCUUCGUCUAUCGCAGCCCCGAUGGUGAUCAAGGCUUUCCGGGAAAUCUCCUGACUACCGUUAGCUACACGAUCGACGGAGAAGAAACUUUGAGCGUGACCAUGACGGCCAAGGCUAUGGACAAGGCCACCCCUGUGAACCUGGCCCAACACACCUACUGGAACCUGGGUGGUCACAAAAGCGGCGACAUCUUAUCGGAGACAGUCCAAAUCUUCGGCUCCCAAAUCACACUCCUUGAUUCCCAACUCAUCCCCACCGGCAAGAUUGCCCCGGUGAAGGGCACACCCUACGAUUUCAUGCAGCCACGAACCGUAGGGAGCAGGAUCAAGCAGCUGUCAAACGGGUACGACAUCAAUUACGUGCUCGACGUCGACGAGGUCGGUGAUGACCAGUUGAAGAAGGCAGCCACAGUGUACGAUAGCAGAUCGGGUCGGAUGAUGGAGCUCCGUACAAGUGCACCGGGUGUGCAGUUUUACACCGCCAACAACUUGAAGGACACCAAGGGAAAGGAUGGGGCCGUUUACAAGGCUCAUGCUGGGCUUUGUUUGGAGACAGGGGGUUUCCCCGACUCAGUCAAUCACCCCAACUUCCCUUCCACGAUUGUCGUUCCUGGCAAGUUGUACCAACAUUUGAUGCUCUACACUUUCACUACCACCAAGUAAUAUGUAAUUAAUUACUAAUUACUACUGCUGCAGCACCCAGUCGACUUUUCAAUAUCUUCUUCUUCUUCUUCUUCUUCUUCUUCUUCUACUUUUCUUUGGGUCAUCCCUUUUGACUUUAGUUACGUUGUAAUGACUGUAACUAAUGGACAUCCUAUCAUGAAACUAGUGUUCAAAAGUCGGGUCCAUUAAGAUAAUCAAUUAUAUAUGCUUGAACGAGUGGUCAAGAUCUGGCCUGUUUAGUGUUCA